UCUAGUUCAGGGUCCAAACAAGAGCAUGUUGUGCCGUAGAAUUUCGAGUCUUGCCCGAAUCGGAGUGCAUUCUCUGCCCAGAAUUAUUCGAAGAAACUACAAAAUUCAAUACUCUACAGUUCUAAAAAAAUUUUCGCGAAGUUUCUCUAGCGAAACUUCCACUAACAGCGAAAUAUCGAGCGUUCGCUUGUGGAGCGAUGGCGGCGGUGAUCAUGUUGUUUCAAACCCUUUCGAUGAUUUAGGUGCUUGGCACGACGCUGAAGCCAAAUCUUUUCUUCAUAAUGUUUCGGUAGACACGGUUGGAAAAAGUACUGCGAAAGGACAACGGGAGGCGAAUGAGGACUGUUACAAAAUUUUAGAACUAGAACCAGACUUAUAUUACUUUGCCGUGUUCGACGGCCAUGGUGGAUCAGUGGCUGUGGAGUUUGUGAGCGAACAUCUUCAUGAUUGUAUAAAGAACUUUUACAGAAGCGAUAAAAGUAUUGAAAGUGUAUUAGUGGAAGCUUUUAUUAAGUGUAACAACGAUUUGAAGGAAUACUGUGAGUGGCUUAUUGAAAAAGGUCAUGAGAGGAACAUAUUGCACUGUGGUACUACAGCGACUGUAGCUCUCUUACAAAAUGGUACAGAUCUUACAGUAGCUAGUGUUGGAGACAGUAGUGCAUUAAUGUGCCGACUGGGUGAAGCAGUCUCAAUGACAAUUGCACAUCACCCAUCCAGAGAAGAUGAGCAGCAAAGAAUAAAGGUGUUUAAUGGAUGGAUUGAUUGGGGAUUAAAUUCUCCAAAGGUUAAUGGAAAGCUUGCAAUGACUCGCUCAGUUGGUGACUUUCAUCUGAAGCCCUAUGGAGUCAUUGCCAUCCCUGAAAUACAACAAUUUAAACUGGAUCUCAACACAGAUUCUUUCAUUGUUUUGCAUACUGAUGGUGUCUCACAUGUUAUGUCAGAUGAGGAGAUUACUCACCUUGUGCAGACUUGCCCCGAUGCUGAACAUGCUGCUAAUAUUCUGACACAUUGUGCAAUACAAUAUGGUUCAGAGGACAAUAUGACUGCGAUAGUAAUUCCUCUGAGACUCUGGACCAAAAAACCCAAACAGAAGGUUUCAAAAGAGCACAGCUUAU